CGCCAUCUUCCAGACGAAUUUAAUUUGAUUUUUGGCUAUGUUUGUUGGUGUUUUCUAGAAUUUUUGCCAGAUUUUUAAAUAAAUCGACAAAAAUAUGUCUUCAAUAACAUCCCCGUCCGUAGAAUUAAGCUCCUACCGUGAUCAGCAUUUCAAGGGCUCCAGAGCCGAACAAGACCGUUUAUUAAGGGGUACAACUACUUUAUAUAUUGGUAAUUUAUCGUUCUUUACAACAGAAGAGCAAAUUUAUGAGUUGUUUUCGAAAUGCGGCGAUAUUCGGCGUGUUAUAAUGGGGCUGGACAAAUACAAAAAAACGCCCUGUGGGUUCUGUUUUGUUGAGUAUUAUAACAGAGCUGAUGCUGAAAAUUGCCUAAGAUACAUUAACGGAACCCGAUUGGACGAUAGAAUCGUGAGAACCGAUUGGGAUGCCGGUUUUAUUGAGGGAAGGCAAUAUGGAAGAGGUAAAACUGGAGGACAAGUUAGAGAUGAAUAUAGAACUGAUUUCGAUGGCGGACGAGGCGGUUAUGGCAAAAUAAUCCAACAAAAAAUAGGCAGCGGUCCCGAAACCACUUUUCCCCGAUGAGAAUGAAUUAAGUACGAAGUAAAUGCAAACUAUUUUAACAUUAUUGGGAUUACGCGGUUUUCUCUUUUAAGGUAAAUUUUGUAUAUUUUUAAUUACAGUGGUUAGUGAAAACUAAAUGAACUUUUUAAUGUUUGUGUGUAAGAAAAUUAAGUAGGACUUUUUAUGAAAAAAGGAAUAAAGU